CACACAGUACAUGUAUUAAGCGUGUUCCCUGUUAUUUAGAGCGAGAGAUUUAAACUGUAUUUAAACCUUUACUUCUGUAUAGUAAAGCGAGCAAUAUGACGAAUGUAAGGCGAAUUAUUAAUUUGUGUAGAAAAAGGAAAAUACUACGGCGAAAGGUUUUUCUGCGCACACCUGAUUUUAACCCUUUGGACGAACUUUCUGAUGAAGAAAUAUUCGCACGGUACAGAUUUCGACGAGAAACCAUACUGUUUAUAUUGGACUUAAUCGACCUGCAUGUUCGCUUCGCGACAGCUCGUAGCAUGGCCGUUUCGCCCCUGAUGCAGCUUUUAGCGGCGUUGAAUUUCUACGCGACCGGGGCAUUUUGGAAAACUACGGGUGAUUCUUUGAAACUUUCUGCAGCAACUGUUCAUAGAUGUGUACACAGAGUAUCCAAGGCUCUAUCUGAUGUAAUUGACUCGAUGUUCAUACGGUUUCCAACUCCGAACGAAUUAGAAACAACGAAAAGAUCCUUUUACGAAAAGUCAGGUUUUCCCGACGUCGUUGGUGCCAUAGAUGUGUUUUGUAUACGAAUUGUUAAACCCAUGCAGAAUGAUGGUGAAUAUUUCAACAGGAAAGGAUACCAUUCAUACAAUUUGCAGGUAACGUGUGACACCAACACGCGGAUAACAAGUUGCGAAGAAAGGUCAGGAAGUGUAGACGAUGCCACAAUGUUCCAAGAAAGUGAAAUACGUAAAAUAUUCGAACAAGGGUCGUUCGAGGGCGUUCUAGUCGGCGAUUCAGCCUUCCCAUGCGAAAAACACCUGAUGGUUCCGUAUCUUGAAACCGACAGUGAAAGUCAUGAACGAUACAAUAACGCCCAUAGUGAAGCCAGAGAACCUAUUGAACAGACUUUCGAACUUAUCAAGCGUAGAUUUGCGUGUCUUAACUCAGGGCUGAGAGUCGAACCGGAAAAGGCGCGCACGAUUAUCCGCGCAUGCGUGGUCCUGCACAACAUUGGGUUAGCGAGGGGGGAUUUAUUGCCUGCCAGUGAUACUGAUGGUGAUUCGGAGGAUGACGCUGAAGAGAUUCCUGAUAUGGCUUGUGAAAUUGGAUGUGAUAGCCAAUACAGAGAACAGAUUCGCAAAAAGUAUUUCUGUGACUCUUCCUGAUUGUGUAUAAGUCAAAUAUAAAUAUUGUUAUUGCGAAACUUGAUAUAAAUAAAUGC